GCCGCCAAAUUUCACCAUCUUUUUAGCUCGAAAACUCGGUCUCUCCAUUUUAGACCAACCACUGAAGCAAAGAGGUCAUGGCGUCUCACUCCACGCUCUUUAUCUAUCCUCAAAACCUAUCCUCCAACUUCUCAUCCCUCUUUUUUUACUCCCCAAAGUUCCUCACUUUCCAAACCAAAAAGCUAUCUUCACUUUCUUUAUCGACCCCCACCACAAAGCCAAGAAGACUCUCGGUCUCAGCUUCCCAUUCUCUUCAAGCUCUCAUUUUUGACUGCGAUGGUGUCAUUCUAGAAUCUGAACACUUGCACCGCCAAGCUUACAACGAUGCUUUCGCCCACUUCAAUGUGUGUUGCCCUCCCUCUUCAGAGCCCCUUAAUUGGGACAUUGAUUUCUAUGAUGUGCUCCAGAACCUGAUUGGUGGCGGCAAACCCAAGAUGAGAUGGUACUUCAAGGAGCAUGGAUGGCCAUCUUCUACCAUAUUUGAAACGCCUCCUGAGAGUGAUGAGGAACGAGCCAAGUUAAUUGACACUCUUCAGGACUGGAAGACUGAAAGGUACAAAGAAAUAAUCAAAUCUGGAACUGUGGAACCUAGACCUGGAGUUUUAAGAUUGAUGGAUGAGGCCAAGGCUGCUGGGAAAAUGCUAGCAGUUUGCUCUGCAGCAACUAAAAGUUCAGUAGUACUUUGUCUUGGGAACCUUAUCGGAAUGGAGCGAUUCGGGGGUCUUGAUUGCUUCCUUGCCGGCGAUGAUGUGAAGGAGAAGAAGCCAGAUCCAUUGAUAUAUCUGACAGCUGCGAAGAGAUUAGGUGUUUCAGAGAAAGAUUGCUUGGUGGUAGAGGAUAGUGUGAUUGGUCUUCAGGCGGCAACAAAAGCUGGGAUGUCAUGUGUGAUCACCUACACUUCCUCGACUGCUGACCAGGAUUUUACAGAUUCCAUAGCAGUUUACCCAGAUUUGAGUAAUGUGAGAUUGAGUGACUUGGAGUUAUUGCUCCAGAACGUGGUUGCUGCUAAUUAAUUAAGGGAUUCAGCAGUUAGUACAAACCUUGGGAUUCAAAGGAAGAUCUGCCAUUGAUCUUAUAGAUUCUUCCUUUUUCCUUCUCCGGUUUAAACAUUUGUUGUUCUAAUCAUAUAAGCCAGCCAUUUAUUUACCCACGUUGCCAUUAAAGAGAAAAAAAAAUGAAGAUUUCAGAGAUGGGUCGUGUUUUGUUUAUAUUCAUAUGCAGGGCGAUUGUAAAUGUAUA